GGUGGAGGCGGGCGCGCCGGGGCCGCCCGGUGCCGGGCCUGGCUGCGUGYUGUGUGUGUGAGGGGACGGCAGCGCAUCCCCGUCCUCCCGGGGGCUGGAGUGGUUCAACACCUCGGCUCGGGAGAAUCGUAUCCACAGAUCACCCGGAAGACACAAUGAGCGUCAAAGCUUUCAAGCUCGUUUCUGCUGUUGAGCGGGAGAUGUUAAUGGGAGACAAAAAUUACAUCAACAUCGAGUGCAUUGAGUGUUGUGGGAAGAACCUCUAUAUUGGAACCAACGACUGCUUUAUCUAUCACUUUCUGUUGGAUGAAAAGGUAUCAACUGCUGGAAAAGUAACUUUUGCUGCCACCAAGCAAYUACACAAAUACCUGGGCUUGAAGAAGCCUGUGAGUGAAUUGAAAGCAGCCUCUGCCCUCACCAGACUCCUUGUGCUUUGUGACAAUACAAUAACACUAGUGAACAUGAUCAACUUGGAACCUGUCCCCACCGGUGCUAGGAUCAAAGGAGCUGUGACGUUCACGCUGAAUGAAAACCCUGUGAGUGGGGAUCCUUUCUGCGUUGAAGUUUGCAUUAUCUCGGUCAAGCGUCGGACGAUUCAAAUGUUCAUGGUGUUUGAAGACAGAGUCCAAAUAGUGAAGGAAGUGUUUACUCCAGAACAACCCUGUGCUGUGGCUGUAGAUGGUUACUACUUAUGCCUUGCCCUUACUACACAGUAUAUAAUUUUGAAUUAUAAUACUGGCGUCUCCCAGGACCUAUUUCCUUAUUGCAGUGAUGAGAAACGGCCAAUUGUGAAAAGGAUAGGCAGACAAGAGUUUUUGUUGGCUGGCCCCGGAGGCCUAGGCAUGUUUGCUACUGUAGAUGGGAUUUCACAGCGMGCCCCAGUGCACUGGUCAGAGAAUGUGAUUGGGGCAGCUUUGUGCUUUCCUUACGUGGUUGCUCUCGAUGAGGAGUUCAUUACGGUGCACAGCAUGCUGGACCAGCAGCAAAAGCAAACCCUGCCUUUUAAAGAAGGUCAYAUUCUACAGGAUUUUGAAGGAAAGGUGAUUGUUGCUACUAACAAGGGUGUGUAUAUCUUGGUGCCACUACCUUUGGAAAAACAGAUUCAGGAUCUUCUAGCUAGCCACAGAGUGGAAGAAGCCCUUGUUCUAGCAAAAGGAGCUCGAAGGAAUAUUCCAAAAGAGAAAUUUCAGGUAAUGUACAAACGAAUCCUGCAGCAAGCAGGUUUUAUACAGUUUGCACAGCUUCAGUUCCUUGAAGCAAAAGAACUCUUCAGAAGCGGCCAGCUUGAUGUCCGGGAGCUGAUCUCUCUCUACCCCUUCCUGUUGCCUACUUCCUCUUCAUUUAUCCGGUCUCAUCCCCCUCUGCACGAGUACGCGGACCUGAACCAGCUGACCCAAGGGGACCAGGAGAAGAUGACAAAAUGCAAACGAUUCCUCAUGAGUUAUUUGAAUGAAGUYCGCAGCACUGAGGUUGCAAAUGGCUACAAGGAGGAUAUCGACACAGCGUUACUCAAGCUGUAUGCAGAGGCAAAUCAUGAAAGCCUGCUGGAUCUCCUGGUUUCUGAGAACUUCUGUCUUUUAACGGAUAGUGCUGCYUGGCUGGAAAAACACAAAAAGUAUUUUGCACUUGGUCUCCUGUAUCACUACAAUGGUCAGGAUGCUGCAGCACUUCAGUUGUGGGUGAAGAUAGUUGAUGGAGACAUUCAAGAUUCUACACGUUCAGAUCUCUAUGAGUACAUAGUAGACUUCCUUACAUUCUGCUCAGACCAAGACCUAGUGUGGAAGUACUCUGAAUGGAUUUUACAAAAAAAUGAAGAGGUUGGUGUACAGAUUUUCACUAAAAGGCCUGUGGAAGAACAGGAGAAAAACAGCAUUAAUCCAGAUGAUAUCAUCAGUUGCCUUAACAAAUAUCCUAAAGCACGUGUCAGAUAUCUAGAACAUCUAGUACUGGAAAGAAAAAUAGAGAAAGAGAAGUACCAUACUCAUCUAGCUGUCUUGUACUUGGAGGCAAUACUUCAGCUGAAAUCCAUGACCACAGAUAAUUGUACAGAARCAACUGAACUGCUGCUGAAACUGCGCAGUCUGCUUCAGAAAUCUGAUCUUUAUAGAAUUCGCUUUAUUUUGGACAAAAUCCAGGGCACAGACCUUCAUAUGGAAAGUGCGAUUUUAUAUGGGAAACUAGAAGAACAUGAGAAGGCUUUGCAUAUCCUYGUCCAUGAGUUAAAGGACUUCCAUGCUGCUGAAGAAUACUGUAUAUGGAACUCUGAGAACAAAGAUGUGCAGUACAGACGGAGGCUUUUCCAUAUGCUGCUGUCAGUGUAUUUAACUCCAGGCACUUCRGACUGUGCACUCAUGAUGGCUGCUGUGGAUCUCUUGAAUAACCAYGCUGCGGAAUUUGAUGCAGGUCUGGUUUUGCAGGUGGUGCCUGACAGCUGGUCAGUGCAGCUUCUCUCUCCCUUCCUGGCUGGAGCAAUGAGACAAAGCAUUCACACGAAAAGAAUGRCUCAGGUGGCACUUGGGUUAGCACAAGCUGAAAACUUAAUCUACAAGUACGAGAAGGUUAAACAAAAAGGAGCCCCGAUUUUUCUUUCCGACAAAAAGGUGUGUCAGGUGUGCCAAAAUCCUUUCUGCGAGCCUGUGUUUGUAAGAUACCCGAACGGGAGUAUGGCCCACACGCACUGUGCUGCAAACAGRCACCUCAAUUCCAAUGUGACUCCUCACUCUCCCAGCUCCAGCAAUCAGACUUGAAAUAUUCCCACAGYUCCCAUGACUUAUACCCCAUUGAAAGUGGGCUGGAAAGAAAAAAGUGCAGCUACUUUAAGUGUAAAUCAAGAUGGACAGCUAGUUUUUGGGUUAAUGGGAAGACUUCCAGUAAAUAUGAARUACUGCUACUUUUCUUUUUGAUUUCUAAUGAAUGUAGAUAGAAAAUUCACUACCAGACAUGGARAGGUGCAAAUAUGGGCUCUUCUGUGUACAGGAAUAAACACUUAAGAGAAAAGKAGCCUUUUCUUCACAGUGAGGACAAAUGUUAUGGAGUGAAGGCAAACAGUUAUUUUAAGAAUUGUCACUUUGCACUGACCGUGGUGUUGAUAAAUUUGUGGAGGGGAAGAUGGCAUCUAUUGGAGUUGGAAUUCUUGAAGWGUGGUAGGACAAGAUUGGCAUCAUUGCAGCUUACUACGAAGACAGAAACAUGCAUCGAUUACAGAGUUUGCUGCAGCAUGUCUUCUUUUGGGMUGGAUUCUCUUCCCCAGGAUCACAUUAUGAACUUCACAUUAURAACACAUUAUUUUCUUUGCUCUACAAAAUUUUUGCUUUUGAUGCACUUUUUAGUACCUCCCUCCCAUCCACCUGCUAUAUGGAAUUUAAAUGUAAGCACUGCUCUGUUAGGUUUCUGCUCCUGCAGUUACUGUAACAUGUUGAGUGGAAGCCAAUAGCCUCAAUCACACAGGUGAACUUGGAAGAAAAAAAAAAAAGAAAGAUUGUCUGGUCAGACUGUAGUCACUUUUAUAUGGGGGAAGAGACCCUAACUUUAAUAUUGAUUUAUUUAUUAAUAUGCAAAUACAUUGUACAUACAGUUGAAUAAAUUGAUCUUACUAUUCUAGCAUUUCUUUGGAGGAUUAAGAUGUAGCUGAUACMUAAGUGUACAGAUUAUGUGCUAAGUGUUUGCUAUAACAUAACUUAGGCAGGUUGGAACUCCACAGAAAUAGGUUUUAGUGCUUAUGGAUGACUUUGUGCAAUCAAAACCACAGAAAGAAGGUAUAAAAUUGUAAGAAAUCUACAAAAGCGCACUACAGGGGUACUGGGUUUGUUAUAUUCUAAAUAUUCUGUAAAUUAAAGUUUUUCAAAUAACACAAACCCCUUACUUAACUGCCCUCAUAUGUAUUCACAUUGCUAUUUAAACAUUUUAAAGCGGUUGAUUUAAAAGAAAAAACUUCCUCCAAGAGAGAUYAAAAAAAUGGCAACUUUAAAUAAAAGUUAAGUAUUUCAAAGUGAAAGCAUUUCUUUUAAUUCUGUAAAGGUCUAAUAAAUUCCAAGCUUACUGAUCAGCAUGCAGUUGAGUUAGUAUGGCUGCUCCCUGUUUCAGAAUUCCCAAAUCAGUGGAAACUUUCAGCAAAAUGGAGUGUCCMCAUGCUCGUUUCUAGAAUCAGAGGAUAAGCUGAGUUGGAAGGGAUGCAUAGGAUCAUGGAGUCCAGCUCCUGGCCCCACACAGGACACCCCAAGAAUCACACCAUGUGCCUCAGAGUGUUGUCCAGAUGCAGCCUCCUUGUACACAAAGGCUGGCUUAGGAAGCUGCCUCCAAGAAGGGGCAACCAGACUUCAUCCAGGGGAAAAAGAUAUCCUUCUCUUUCUCAUAGAAACAUAUAACGGUUUGGGGUGAAAGGGACCUUAAAGAUCAUCCAUUGCAACCCCCCUGCCUUAGGCAAGGACAUCUUCCCCUAAAACAUGUUGUUCAAAGCCUCAUCCAACCUGGCCUUGAACAUUUCCAGGGAUGGUGUGUCCACGUCUUCUCUGAGAACCUGUGCCUGUGCCUCACCACCCACACAGUAAAGAAUUUCUUUGAUAGCUGAUCUAAAUCUGUCCUCCUUCAGCUUAAGGCCCUAUAGAGCUUUGYUCUAUCACUACAUGCAUCUGUAGAAAGUCCCUCUCCAGCUCCCUUGCUGGAUCCCUUCAGGUACUGGGGAGGUGCAGUAAGGUCUGUCCAGAGCCUUCUCUCCAGGCUGAACAGCCCCAGCUCUCUCAGCCUCUCUCUGYRUAGGAGAGGUGCUYCAGCCCUGKAAUCAUUGUGGCCUUACUCUCAMCUCAUACCAACAGCUCAACAUCUUUCUUGUACUGUGGGUCCCAGAGCUGUACUCAAUAAGGGGAGUACUUUGCUUUAAAGCAAAAGAUCUUUGAAUCUUUCUCCUUCCUGAUUUUGAAACGAGGCAAAUAAAACUGUUGUGUUGAAUUUUAYUUGUUUUUAAAAGCUUGAGUAAGGAAUUUUGUAUUCUUUGUAAGCCACAUGUAGGGAGAGGCACUUAGAAAAAAGUGUGGGCAUUUCUGACUCRGUUCUGGCAUGAGUGAUUCUGCUGUGGCACUGCUAUAAGCAGAUUCUCUAUCUUGUAGUCAUGGGUUUUGAACGUUGUGUGUACAACUGGCUGUGAUCAUAUAGAAAAAUGGUCCCCUGUCUUAAAAAUAAUUGUGGAGUGGAAGUGAUUUUUACAAAGACCCUAUAAACCUUUCGUGUACAUUAGCAUGCAUUUCAUAAGAAAUACUUCCUUUUGCUGCCAGCAUCCUCAGYGUGCUCUAUUUUUCUAUUUAGUUAGUAUUUACUGAAAAAAGGACCCCUCUCCAUGAUUUAGACUAAUUCUAGCCAUGAAGUAGUGAUGAACUACUGUUGCAAUGGAAUAAAGAUCAUAUCAUUCCAUACCUCAGGAAAGUCCUCACUUGCUAUUUCAUGAAAAGAUAUGUCUAUAAAAGAUUAAACAAUUCUUCAUUAAUAGUCAAUAUCUUUUUGCAGAUGUGUACUUUGGCUAAAAUGCAGCAAAAACAGUACAUACAGAACAAAUACAGAAAUCAGAAUAAUGCAAGGUAGCAUUUUUGCAAUCAAAAGUGUGGUUAAUAUUUAGGUUGGGGGCACCUUGUUCUUUUAAGCCCUGUCCCCCCAAAUGUGGACUGGAAAUACUGAUUCAUACAUUGUUCCCUGUUGUUUUGUUACUAUAAUGUUUUAUACUAGAACUCAUUUGAAUGAAUUAAUAUGGAAAUCCCAUGAGAACUAAAGGAUAAAGCAAAGAAAACCCAUGUGAGGCAGAGGCAGAGCAAGAUCUCAGCAGGGAAGUGGCAGGUGKAUGAUGCUCUUCCCAUGUGUAUCCAGYACAUGAGCAACUGGGAUAGUUCUCWACUGGAGAUGUCWGUUCAGAGCGGUUCUGUGCUUUGUCACCAGGAAAUUUAUGAAUGGUCUGCAUUCAAAUUUCCUUAGGUGGGAUAACUGCAACACCCCUUGGGUAAGAGAGCUUCAUUCUGGAGAACCUGAAUUCAUUCCUUCCUUUCUUUUGGCAUUGUCAGUCUGAUAUUCUUGGUUUAUGUACCUGAAAUCCUGGGCCAGCAUUGCUCCUAUGGUAAGUUCUGGUGUGGCUGCAGCAGCACGGAGGGAGUGAACAGAGAAGGAACCAGAUUUGGUUAUUAAUUGAUUGCAUAUGUGAGGGAGAAGAGGCAGGAAAGAGACAUAUUUCUCUGACUAUUCUUCUUGUUAGGAAAUUGAAUGCUUUCUGGGAGUUCAAGCCUGAUGUUUUUAUCUCUGGUUUAGAGAAUGUGGUGUCUUAGACCUGCCCUUGGAGAGWAGAGAUUCUGCAAGAAUAUUUCUUCUUAAUUUAGCUCUUGCUAAAUCAUUUGUAAUUCAUCUCUCACUUUUUCCAAUGAGUCUCCUCCAACUUUGUAGGUGUGAAAACCAAAACAGAAGUGCAAUUUUUUUUAUGUGACACUGUAACUGUGAUUUGGGACAUAAUGAGAUUAGUCUCUCACACUGACGACUGCAGAUAUUGAGACACAUUUGUCUAACAUGUGGCCUCCAGUUAUCACAAUACUGCAGCUCUGACUUUUUUUUUUAACCAUUCACUGCUACAGUUGAUGGUACAUACAAAAAGCACUUGUUAAAGCUUCUUCAUAUCUCCACACUUCCUCACAUAAAAAUUACCUAUGAUGUGUGUAUGUCAUCAUACAUGGU